CUUAUUUCAAUAUUGGUGUAAAAUUCGUUCUCUCUGUGGCAUCUGUUGUAACGUCAAUUUUGGUUCAUGUUCUAGCAAUUAAGUUUAAUGAAUGUCUUUGGAUUCUUUGGCUGCAGAAAAUAUAAUCUGGGUGUUGUCUUCAAUUUUGUCUAUGCAAAAUAUAUUUGUGAACUAUUUGGAUUCUUUAUUUGUGAACUCUUUUUAAAGUCAUAAGAUUGCUAUAAGUACCUAUUCAGGUUAGUAGUCUUUACAUUUUGAAUUUCUUCUGGAUCAUAAUAGUCCUUUAAUAUAAAAUUUGAGAGUUGAAUAUGUAGAAAACUGGCAGGUGGCAUUUUUUAAGGCUUAAUUUUUUGACACGUAAUGUUUACACGCGUCUUCUCUAGGUUUUUUUCACUUCUUCGCUCGAUCUUCACGCACUCCCGCAAUCCUCUCCUUCGCCAAAAUCAGGGUUUUUUUCACUUCUUCGGCGACUUCACGCAGCCCUCUUCUUUUCCAGUUCUCUAGGUUUUGUUCACUUCUUCAGCGACCAUGGACAAAUUGGUGGGAAGCCAUUAAUUGCGAGCACGGAUGUUGAAUGCACUGUACAUACAAUAGCAAAGGGCAUCCAUUAAGCACUCUAAAGCCACUGGUGCUAAUCCACUCAGAACCAGCAAAGUUCCCAUAUUUAUUACAGCAUUGAUCGGGCUAUUGUUUUCGAACAUGGAGAGCCCAGGGGGCUGUGAUUAUAUUUUGCACAGGCAAAGACGAUGGCUUGCAUAGUCGAAGACUACGGCUGACCGAUCUAAGCCAGCAACACCACCCGUAGAUCUUCUUUUGCUUCUUUCAAUGUGGAUGGUGACGAUCAAGGCUACAGGUCUUCUUUUCAAAGUGGCGGCAAGGUUUGCUUGGAGAAAUCAAUAAAAAGUUCAUUUGAACUACAAUUAUGAUCUUCAGUUGCUUCUUUGUUUAGAUUUCCAACAAUUUCAUACAAGUACUAUGAUUGUUUCCUGCUAAAGAGUUUUUCAUGGUAGAAACACUCAUAUAGAGUUUGAGCAUACUGGAAAUCCUAGCAAAAUCUUAGAACAAGUGAUGGCUGAACAACAUACUAUAUGCAUUUAUCUAAGGUUAUUGUUAAUGAUAUUUUUGAGUUUAAAUUGGAUGUAAAAAGAUGCUUUACUUUGCCUAAAUCUCUCAUGAUGCUCUUGACCAUUCCUAGAUUUAUAUUGGCUGUCAAGGAGGCUGAAACAUUAGCCCAGCAAGCCCAGGAAGCAUAUGAGGCUAAUCCAGAUGAUAAUCUAAGAAGUCUUGCUAAUGAAGCUGGUGCUAAAUUAAUUGAAGCUACUAAUAGGGAGACACUUUUUUGGAAACAGAAGGCCAAACUUCUAUGGAUGGAGAAUGGGGACCAAAACACUUCCUUCUUUCACUCCUUUGUAAAGGGAAGAAUGACCAAACUCAAGAUCAGAAGUAUUAAAGAUAUUUCAGGAAAACUUAUUGACCAUGAAGAGGGCAUUAAAACAGCAGCUGUGGAGUACUUUUCAGAAGUUUUCAACAAACAUAACAUAUUUGAGGCCCAAAGCAUCCAACACUAUAUCCCACUUACCAUCAGCACUGAAGAUAAUCACAUGAUGUCCAGGAUUCUAGAUAAUGAAGAAAUCAAGAAGGCAGUUUGGGACUUGAACCCUAAUAGUGCAGCUGGACCGGAUGGGUUCAAUGGGUACUUUUUCAGAACUUGCUGGGAGAUUAUAAAAGGGGAUGUGAUCAAGGCCACACAAGAAUUCUUCCUGGGGAUUUCAGUUCCACAGGCAUUUGGAAGCACCUUCAUAACCCUAAUCCCUAAGAAGGAUAACUGUCAUCUCUUCUCAGAUUUUAGGCCAAUCUCCCUUUCUACUUUUAUGAGUAAAAUUAACACUAGGAUCUUGGCCUCUAGACUACAAGUCCUAAUACCCAAGAUGGUCUCAAAGGAACAGUCUGCAUACCAAAAAGGAAAAGGGAUUGAUGAUCAAGUUCUUAUGGCAAGUGAAAUGCUGCACAACAUUGAUAAACAAUGUGAAGGAGGGAAAGUGAUAAUCAAACUGGAUAUGGCAAAGGCUUUUGACAAAAUUGAGUGGAGUUUCCUUGGAGGAGUCUUGGACAAAUUUGGGUUUAACCCUAAGGUUCAGGAUCUGCUGCUUGAAAAUCUGGUUUCCACCCAUGUCUCUAUUCUAAUUAAUGGCUGCCCUACUGGUUUCUUUAAAAUGAAAAGAGGUGUUAAACAAGGGGAUCCUCUGUCCCCACUCCUUUUCAUCAUUGCAAGUGAGCUCAAGCAGAGGAGCAUUCAGUGGUUGUUAAUGAAAAUGUAAGAUGGGAAGAUGGGGAAUUUACACUCAAGAAGGGGUACCAUAUAUGCAGGAAGGUUGGCUCUACUCAAAUAAGCUACAAGUUUGCAUGGCACAAAUUACAAAUACCCAAUAUUAGGCUCUUUCAAUGGAAAGUCCUGGAAGAAAUCCUACCCUUUCCAAACUUAGCAAGGAAGCUUGGUUUCCAUUUGCCAUCACAAUGUCCCUUCUGUAAAAGAAAUGAGGCAAAGGCCAAUCACACUUUGUUGCAUUGUGAGCUUAGCAGUAAUAUAUGGAAUUUCUUCAUCAACCUGCUCCAAGGUCCAAACAUUAGAGAAGGAAUUACCAUUAGACAACAUUC